AUUAAACUUGUCGAAUCAUUUGCAGCCCAAUUGAAUACAAUUUGCGAUGCCAUAAGCGGUCUCUGUGGUCACAAGAACUAAUCUCGCUCUACUCAUAUCCUCCUCUCCAUACCGCUUCCAAUGAGCCACUGAAACCGCAACGUGGCCCCUCUCCGGGUCAGCGCAACGGGACAACAUGACCUCUCUAAAGCAAUUCAUUCGCAAUGUGCGAGCGUCAAAGACCAUCGCCGACGAACGAGCCGUCGUUCAAAAGGAGAGCGCAGCAAUCCGAGCCAGCUUCCGCGAAGAAAGUCACGAUUCAAACAUAAGGAGGAACAAUGUCGCCAAACUUCUCUACCUCUUCACGCUCGGCGAGCGUACACAUUUCGGUCAGAUCGAAUGCCUCAAACUACUCGCCUCCCCUCGAUUCGCGGACAAACGCUUGGGCUACCUGGGGACUAUGCUCUUGUUGGAUGAGAACCAGGAGGUCUUGACUUUAGUGACGAAUUCGUUGAAGAACGAUCUGAACCACUCCAACCAAUAUGUUGUUGGCCUUGCUCUUUGCACCCUUGGAAACAUUGCGUCCAUCGAAAUGUCCCGAGACCUCUUCCCCGAGAUUGAAACGCUAAUAUCGACUGGGAACCCCUACAUUCGUCGAAAAGCGGCCUUAUGCGCAAUGAAAAUAUGCCGCAAGGUUCCAGACCUCCAGGAACAUUUUUUGGAAAAGGCGAAAUUGCUUCUACAGGACAGAAAUCACGGGGUUUUGCUCUGCGGCAUUACCCUGAUCGCUAACAUGUGUGAAUUUGAUGAAGCAGAGGGUGAAGAAGGCCUGGUCGAGAUGUUCCGACCUGUUGUCCCUCACCUUGUUAGAACAUUGAAAAGUCUGACCAGCUCCGGUUACACUCCUGAGCACGAUGUUUCCGGCAUCACUGAUCCGUUUCUGCAAGUCAAAAUCCUGCAAUUGCUGAGAGUACUUGGGAGAGGUGAUGCUGCAACGAGUGAAUUGAUGAACGACAUUCUGGCCCAAGUAGCCACCAACACCGAGUCUACCAAGAAUGUCGGAAAUGCAAUUCUGUACGAGUCCGUUCUCACCAUCCUUGAUAUCGAAGCCGACUCCGGACUGCGCGUUCUGGGGGUUAAUAUCUUGGGAAAAUUCCUGGCAAACAAAGACAACAACAUUCGCUAUGUUGCAUUAAAUACUUUGAUCAAGGUUGUUGCGAUUGAGCCGAAUGCAGUCCAGCGGCACCGAAACACCAUUCUAGAGUGUCUGAGAGACCCAGAUAUUUCCAUUCGCCGACGAGCUCUGGAUCUUAGCUUCACUUUGAUUCGGGAAGACAAUGUUCGUGUACUGGUGCGGGAAUUGCUUGCCUUUUUGGAAGUUGCGGACAAUGAAUUCAAGUCCGUCAUCACCACACAAAUUGGGAUUGCUGCUGAUCGUUUCGCUCCUAACAAACGGUGGCAUAUCGACACCAUGCUCAGAGUGGUCAAAUUAGCCGGCAACUACGUGAGGGAGCAAAUCCUGUCAUCCUUUAUCCGACUCAUCGCUACGUCACCCGACCAGCAAUCAUACUCGGUCCAGAAGUUGUACUCGGCUUUGAAGGCCGACAUCACCCAGGAAGCCUUGACUCUAUCUGGGGUUUGGGUCAUUGGUGAGUUUGGGGACGCGCUCCUCCAAGGGGGGUCGUAUGAAGAGGAAGAAUUGGUGAAGGAAGUCAGGGAAAGCGAUAUUGUCGACCUUUACUACACGAUAUUGAACUCAACAUAUGCGAAUCAGGUUGUGACUGAAUUUAUCAUCACGUCUUCCAUGAAACUGACCACCAGAUUAACCGAUCAGUCACAAAUUGAGAGGAUACGACGACUGAUGCAAUCGAGGACGUCUGAUCUAAGUGUCGAGAUCCAGCAACGAGCGGUGGAGUACAGUAAUCUCUUCGGAUAUGAAUCCAUACGUCGCGGUGUCUUGGAGAGAAUGCCACCACCAGAAAUCAAGGAGGAACAGCGUGUGCUUGGACAGGCGACUACCCCAGCCAAGGACAAACGAAAGACGCUGAAGGCAAAAGCAAACACCAAGGUAUCCAAGACCACCGAAUCAGACAUGCUUCUGGAUCUUAUGGGCGGUUCGGAUGUACCAGCAGUGAGUGCUAGCGCUACACUCAACGGUCAGCAACAAACUGCAGACCUCCUUGCCGACAUUCUUGGUGGUGGACCCGCCGUUUCGAGCCCUCCACCGCAAGUCAAAAGUCCAGUACCAACUUCCAACACCGAUUCCAUCAUGGACUUAUUUGGUAAUGGUACAGCCAAGGCUGCCAGUCCCGCUCCUUCAGGUCCACCGGCACAUCCGGCUUACAAUAAGAACGACCUGGUGGUUUUCAUGCAGAUAUCGAAGAAUAGUUCUGGGGCCCAGAUCGUCGCUCGCUUCAAGAACAACUCAUCUUUUGAGAGCAUGACGGGCGUGGGCCUCCAGGCGGCGGUGCCGAAGAGUCAGAAAUUGACUCUGCAGGCCAUUAAUCGGAGCACCCUUUCUGGUGGUGACGAAGCUACGCAAGCCAUGAAGGUCGUUGCAGCGACUGGAUCCCUGCCUCCGAAACUCCGAUUGCGUCUGAAGAUAUCCUACACCAAAGAAGGAGGGGCGCCAGUGACGGAACAGGUCGACUGGACCGAGCCAUGAUCUUGCUUGAGCAUAGUUCGCAUAUACAUUCUCAGAUGUACAUCUGGCACAGAAUCGCAGAAGAAGUGAACCAAAUCCGCUUGACGUUACAAGUCUUCCUAGACUACGUAGAGCCUCUCGGUUGGAUCGGCUUGUCUCCCGUGUGGAAAUGCCCUUCGACAAGCACCUAUGUAUUCCGAUGCCAACCGUUGAAGACGGAAGCCCUUCCGCAUUCAAGUGCCUUGUACCGGUUCUUGCCAGAUACCCGAGCCACGUUCUAUACCUAGAUAGUCAUCGAUCUUUGCCCUGAUUCCCCGUAGUUUCUGACCUUAUAG